UUUCUAAGGUAGGGAGGAGGAAGAUGCCCCCAAUGAAAUUGAUCUUUGAGCCAAGGAGGCUGGGGAGCACCCUCCCCAUGCUAGAGCCCCGCAGAGCGAGUUUCGCUUGACCUGCCUGCGCCUCUGGCGCGCUCUGCAGCGCGGACCCGCGGCCCCUCGGGAAAGCGCAGUCGGAAAGUUAUCCGCGGCGGUUCCCUGCGCGCCCUGUUGUGUAAGCUCGGCGUUGCCAGCGGACGGAGAAGUUGCUGGCCUGCCCGAUAGCCCAGUUCGGUGGUGGCCCGGGGCGGAUUUCAUGGCCCGCGGCGAACGCGGGGCCAGAGCCGGCGUGGGCGAGCCCCUGCGCGCCCCCUCCCGCGGGGAUCCAGCUCGCCCGCUCCCUUCCGCUCGCUGGCUUUUCCGAUGCUUGCUGCGCCCCUGGCCGCCGCUGCCCUCUCGCCGCCUCCUACCCCUCGGAGCCGCCGCCUAAGUCGAGGAGGAGAGAAUGACCGAGGUGCUGUGGCCGGCUGUCCCCAACGGGACGGACGCUGCCUUCCUGGCCGGUCCGGGUUCGUCCUGGGGGAACAGCACGGUCGCCUCCACUGCCGCCGUCUCCGCGUCGUUCAAAUGCGCCUUGACCAAGACGGGCUUCCAGUUUUACUAUCUGCCGGCUGUCUACAUCUUGGUAUUCAUCAUCGGCUUCCUGGGCAACAGCGUGGCCAUCUGGAUGUUCGUCUUCCACAUGAAGCCCUGGAGCGGCAUCUCCGUGUACAUGUUCAACUUGGCUCUGGCCGACUUCUUGUACGUGCUGACUCUGCCAGCCCUGAUCUUCUACUACUUCAAUAAAACAGACUGGAUCUUCGGGGAUGCCAUGUGUAAACUGCAGAGGUUCAUCUUUCAUGUGAACCUCUAUGGCAGCAUCUUGUUUCUGACAUGCAUCAGUGCCCACCGGUACAGCGGUGUGGUGUACCCCCUCAAGUCCCUGGGCCGGCUCAAAAAGAAGAACGCGAUCUAUAUCAGCGUGCUGGUGUGGCUCAUUGUGGUGGUGGCGAUCUCCCCCAUCCUCUUCUACUCAGGUACCGGGGUCCGCAAAAACAAAACCAUCACCUGUUAUGACACCACCUCAGACGAGUACCUGCGAAGUUAUUUUAUCUACAGCAUGUGCACGACCGUGGCCAUGUUCUGUGUCCCCUUGGUGCUGAUUCUGGGCUGUUACGGAUUAAUUGUGAGAGCUUUGAUUUACAAAGAUCUGGACAACUCUCCUCUGAGGAGAAAAUCGAUUUACCUGGUGAUCAUUGUACUGACUGUUUUUGCUGUGUCUUACAUCCCUUUCCAUGUGAUGAAAACGAUGAACUUGAGGGCCCGGCUUGAUUUUCAGACCCCAGCAAUGUGUGCUUUCAAUGACAGGGUUUAUGCCACGUAUCAGGUGACAAGAGGUCUAGCAAGUCUCAACAGUUGUGUGGACCCCAUUCUCUAUUUCUUGGCGGGAGAUACUUUCAGAAGGAGACUCUCCCGAGCCACAAGGAAAGCUUCUAGAAGAAGUGAGGCAAAUUUGCAAUCCAAGAGUGAAGACAUGACCCUCAAUAUUUUACCUGAGUUCAAGCAGAAUGGAGAUACAAGCCUGUGAAGGCACAAGAAUCUCCAAACACCUCUCUGUUGUAAUAUGGCCAAAAGAAGCCUCUGGGAAGAUGUGCCAAUGGUGAAAACGCACAGAGGGUCAGAAUGAAGCAGUGACCUCUAUUGGCUGAAAAACUGAUCAGGUCAUAUGAUGAUUGAAGUAUGUUAAUAGUAAGGGCAGAAAUGUGUUGGCAUUUGGAUAAAAAAACUGCUAACAUUAUAGAACUUAUUACCUAACAAAAUUUCACACCACAAAAAUAUUUUAAUGGCAAAUUCAAGGUGUUUUAUUGCUUACAAAUCAGCAUCUUUGACUCUUUGAACAUCAAUUUGUGUUUACAUUGAAAUGACAAAAAGACAAACUAAGAAGAAAUAUAGCAUGCAAGUCACAAUUCAGAGUUAAAACCAUGAUGUUGCCGCUCAGCCAGCUAUGUGACUGUUGACCCUUUCAAGAACACACAUGGAUUUAAAAGUUGGAUGACAUCCAUUGUUGGGGCCUUGGGGGAUAUGGUAAAGCAUGAAAACUAAACAGCCAGGAGCCUGUGAAAUCUGCUACUGUAUUUUCCAGGACUUCAUUCCACUCCUUGGCUAAAAAAAUCUUGUAAGUUUCACAGAUUAUGAUGUGGACCUGUCACCUGUAAAUUGUCUCAAUCUACUCAGACAAGACACUAAACUGUCUUUGGAUACUGUAGAUGUCAGUGCUUAUAGCAGCUGGAAUUUGGCUAGUGACAAUGUUUAAAGAUGCAAUACUAGUUAGUAUCUAUUGAAGCUUAAACUUUGCUGGUCAAGUUGUAGCUAUUGUAAUAGUAUUUAUUGAAGAAGCUCACAGUCCUUCAGUUGUACAGACUGAAAAACUUUCAUGAGAGAUCCAACAUACUAAUGUAAAUUAUAUUUAUUACAAUGUAUAAUAUUAAUGUGUCAAACUGGUGUAUUUUACAAAAUAUAUGAUGCAUACAUAAAUAAGAGUUGUAUAUUACAGUGCUUUUCAAAUAUCGGUAUCUUGGAAUAUUUAAGUCUUCACAUUUUUUGGUCUUAAAUAUGAAAAUGUUUCAUGAUACAAGUGCUUAAUUUUCCCUAGUAGUGCUUUUGCAUGUUUGCCUUUUUAUUUAAGUUUUUUUCUAUAUAGACACAAUUUGGUGUCAGACUAUCAUAAGAUCAGUAGUGAAUAUAAAAUAGCCAAAUGGGGUCUGUAUUGUCUACAUUUCAUAUAUUAAAUAAAAGUUUUUGUUGUCUUUUCAGGAGGUUUAGAGUAUUGUCACUAAAUAUGGUCAAAGCUUCCCUUUCCAAAUGCAAAAGUCUUCUCUUACAUUUAAAGUUGAUCUGUCAUGUUUUAGCAGUCAAGUGGGAUGGGCAUUAUAUAAACAACAUUACAAUGUAAGGAAAAUCUUUAAGGAGAUGGGGAGAGAAAAAGGCAGCCAGUAUAAUCAGUUACUGCUGCUUAGUUCUACUUAAUUUUUUGUGUUGCUUCUUCUUAAGGUGAGAUAGCAUAAUCUUAAUUGCUUUGAGAUGGAAUUUUAAAGUAACACACUACCAGCAAGUUCAACACUGCUAUUGAUUUUAAUCUGUUUUAUUUUGUUCAGUUGAUAACUUAAAUUCCAAGUUUUAUAGUGAUAAUUGUAUAUUAUUUGGCUGCUGAAUUCUGUUACAGUUUUUUUAUUCUGUUGUACAUUGUAUUAUACACAUAAUCACAAAUUAAUAUGAAGGCGAAUAUAUGUUACAUAUCAAAAUUUGUGAAUUUGAAUUAUAGUAUGUUUUAGUGCUAUUGCAAAAAAUGUUUAUUUUUGUAUUAUCUGUGAUUUUAAUAUAGAUGAUUGAACUAGAUUUCUUUUUGAGUGAUAGUGCCAUUGAAUGAGCAGUAUGGAAACAGUGUUACUUGAUAUUUUGAGCUUUCUCAGGUUUAUCUAAAUCAGUGGUAGCUUAACAAAACCCAGACUAAUUGUGUGUAAUUGUAUUUUUAAUAAAAGGAAAGUAUAUUUCCUAUAAUAGCAUAGUACUGUUUGCAUGUAAGAGUAUGCGAAACCUUGUGUGUGUGUGUGUGUGUGUGUGUGUGUGUCUUAGUGUGUGUCUUAGUGUGUGUAAGGCAUGGCAGCCAACUUUGUAUCUGCUAUUUUUAGUACCAGCAGAGCUUCAUAAUUGUGAUCACUAGAACUGUACUUAUCAUGGACAAUUAAAACUGAAAAAGACUCAAUAAAACUAUGAAACAUGG